AUGCUCUCCUUUCCUGAUUCAAACUCGACUCCUGUCCCUCAGCAGCGCGAGCAACCGCCUCUAGACAUUCCUGUAUCGCCUCACGAUCUGCAAUGGCCCCUGGAACGAGUUAUUGCUUGGCUUGCUGAUAAUGGUUUCUCGCACAUUUGGCAAGAAGCCUUCAAACAUCUCAACAUCCAGGGCUCGCAGUUUCUUGAGAUUGGGCGCUCCCAGGGAAACAAACCCAACGUUGCUUUUCUGCACAAGACAGUCUAUCCUCAACUGCAAAAGGAAUGUGCUAGUGCAGGCAUAGCCUCGGAUCAAGCCAAAGACCGUGAGGAUGGCAAGAAGAUUCGUACACUGAUCCGGCGUAUUGUCGAUUCUGGAGGUAGCAGUUACAACGGUAGCAGCUCUUCAAGCUUGCCUUCACGUCAACGGAGGGAGUCUUCGCAAUUUCCACCGAGCGCAGAUGCAGAUGGCGCCAUCGAGAGUUCGCCUAUGAUGACCCGUCACGAGAUGGCUUUUGGUUCGACCCCCACGACUGCUGGCGGAGGUGAAGACAGUCCAGGCCUUCAGAUG